AUGACCCGGAAAAUGUGGGGCUUAAUUCCUGUGUUGGACUGCUCUCAGCUGCUGCGCCUCUGCCCUUCGCAGUGCAAACCGUCCGUCAUCCCCAUCGCGACUUCCGACCCUCGGGCGCACUCUCCUCAGCCCACCAUGUCGGACCAAGCUUUUGUGACACUGGCCACCAACGACAGCUACGCCAAGGGAGCAAUGGUCCUCGGCCAGUCGUUACGUAAUCACAACACAACCAAGAAACUGGUUGCGCUUGUAGGACCUCAUGUUGCAGAACCUUGCAGGGAUGCACUAAGUUCCAUUUUUGAUGAGGUGUGUGUGGUGGACCUCAUGGACUCAGGCGAUGUGGCUCAUCUGGCCCUGAUGAAGCGUCCGGACCUGGGAGUAACAUUCACCAAACUGCACUGCUGGACACUCACACACUACAGCAAGUGUGUGUUCAUGGACGCAGACACACUGGUGCUGUCAAAUAUAGAUGAGCUCUUUGAAAGGGAGGAGCUAUCUGCAGCACCGGAUCCUGGUUGGCCAGACUGUUUCAACUCCGGGGUUUUCGUCUUCAGACCGUCCAAUGAGACACACGAGAAGCUGCUCGCGUUCUGCGGUGAAAACGGCAGCUUUGACGGUGGAGAUCAGGGGGUUCUCAACAGUUUCUUUAACACCUGGGCGACAGCAGAUAUUUCUAAACACCUUCCCUUCAUCUACAACCUCAGCAGUAUCGCCAUCUACUCCUACCUGCCAGCUUUCAAACAGUACGGCCAUGACGCAAAGGUGGUCCACUUCCUGGGCAAGGUGAAGCCAUGGAACUACUCCUAUGACGCUCAGAGGGGCGAGGUCAAAGGUCACUCCCUGUCGCCUGACCCGUGCCACCUACACCCCGACUACCUGCUCAUGUGGUGGCAACUUUACGCCAAAUCUGUGCAGCCUUUACUGCAGCAGGCCUACGGGGACGCGGCCUUCGACAGCGGCUUUGUGGAGGCGAGCGAGAACGGUAAGCUUCGUGAGGAUGUGAGGGAGCAGCUGGCAGCCUGUGCGCCUCCUCCCCAGAAGAUUUCAUCAGAGGAGAGGAAGCAGCGCUGGGAAGCGGGCCAGAUCGACUACAUGGGCGACGACUCCUUCGCCAACAUCGAGCGAAAGCUUGACUCCUUCUUGAAGUAGCAGUCGGGGCGAGGGAUCGAGAUGGACAGAGAGAACCAUUUGAAGCUCUGUGAGGGUGGGGAUUUUACCACCACUCAGCCAAUCACAGGGGCUUGAUUAGCAGGUGACUGAAUGAAUGCCUCUGUGCAAGUUUCAGCCUCACCCUCUGCAUCCUGUCAGUGUGUAUAAAUGACAGUUUGACACAAUUCCCACACACUCUUACCAUUCAUUUCUUUUCUCUUAAAGGGCAUGUUUGACAUUUUGUUUACCGAGAGUUUGAUAAGAAGAUUGAUACCGCUCACGUGUCUGUGCUUAGCAUAAAGACACGAUAGAGGCACAAACAGCUUUCUCCAUCUACUCUGUGAUGUGGUUGCACAGCGUUCCAUAUGCAAAUCUUAUUUUUCUAACAUUAUCCAGUCAGAGAUGACAUCUUCAGUCAUAUUUUUGUAAUCCCACAGAUGUUCAUGAUCUGCUCAGGAAGACAAAAUGUUUACCCAAAGGCGAAAGCAAUGUUUAUAACCAAUACAUAUUUGCAUUGUCUUUACGCUCGGCUCUGCACAGCUGUUGCCUGUGAUAGGCCAUAAUUAAAUGUUGAAUUUAAACGUUGGUUUCAAUGCAGGCAAACAUUUUAGAAUUCCGGGCAGAGAUUAAAACAUUUGUGAAAUCAUGAAAAUAUCUCUGGAGAUGCAAUUCACUGCUGAGAGGAAAAAAAAGAAAAAAAGAAGUGUACCUGUGCAUCGCUAUGUAA